AUGUCCGGCAACAAGAAGCGCAAGCUCGAGGAGGAGGCCGCGGCCGCGGCGAGCGAUGGCGAGGUGCACGCGAUCGACGGCGUCGAGGUGCACGUCGUCACGUUCCGAGCGCCGGAGUUCCACUUGGACGCCUCGGAAAGCGCCAUGUUGCUCAAGUCCGCUCUGGCACCCACUCAUAGUAAGUCGGCGUUCUCGGCCGCCGCGACCGACCGACGAGGCAGGGCGUGGUUCGCGUCCGCUUCAGCUGCCGCUCGAGCGGCAACGCUGGAUGGCACGUGUAGCAAGGCCGACCCGGAAGGCAACGCCUGGAGUGCGUCGACCUCGAGGACGACGGUGCGCGGGGCUUGCUUAGCUUUGGUUGGUCGAGGCUCCGACGAUAUUUUUGACGAGCCCUUUACAAGUGCCGCGACCACGCUGAAGAGUCGCGAUGCUCGUUUUGAUGAUGAGGACUGUGUGGGCGAAGGGCCCCUGUGGUCCUUUGUGUUGCCAUCGGUCGACCCCAAAGGUAAAGAAGAGGUAGUGCAGUUCCGAGCGGUCGAUGAAGCGGCGGCGGUGGCCUGUGCGUGCUGGCGAGCUCUCAAAAGGGCCAUCCAGAAUACGCAAGUGCCCUCUUCUGUCGAUCAGCGCGAAGCGAGGAGGGCUUGUUUAUUUGCUCAUAAUGCAGCUACUCCAGUCGCAUUGUCGAAAGUAUGGGACGCGGCCAUGCCCGCCAAGUUCGACGCCAAGGCCGAGAAGUGGACCUUACCGGCUUGUGAUGGGGGAGAAUUUGGGGACGCGCGUUUACCGAAGUCGCCUCCAACAAUACUAGCGAAGGACUCGGGCGUGCGGUGCGCCUGGACGUCGCGGAAGACGGUGAAGCGUUCGAGAUUCUUAGCGUUGCACCGUCGUCGAGUCGCCGAGCGAUCUCUGAGAGCUGAAGAGGUCCUCGAGACGGUCGUAGACGCUGGAGGGAGUAGAUGGACUCUAUCACUAGACGCUAGACGCCCAGAACACAAGCAGAACGACCGCUGGGAGGACGACAACAGGCGGGAGAACGACGACUCGUCCGAUGUCGGUGUCUAUGCUCGAUGCGACUUCGCAGGGAGUGGCGGAGCAAGACCGUUCGGCGCUUGUUGCGAAGCGAGAUUCGCCUUUUGUGUGGUGGAGAACCUCGGAUCGAACUGCGGUGGAUGUGCUGGGAGUCGCGCGGCUUCGUGGUUGUUCCGAGGGAGAGAAUUGUACGAAGAUCAAUCCGUACCUCCAUUACCAGCAAGGGGCUUCGCGAGAUUAGUCCUAGGCUUGGGUGAUGACGUCGAAGAAGAGGAAGACGUCGUCGACGACGUCCGCUGCGCCACGGAGCGGCUCUGGUUUAGACCUGAGUUAACUGAAGACAAUGAUUCUGACGACCCCGAGCUCGUGGUCGUGGCUUCCGUACUCGUGUCGAGACGCGCCAAAGGUGCUGAUACCUGGAGGUUAGUACGCCGGUGCUGCGCCGAGCGCGCGUCGGGGUAUGCCCCCGCGACCCUGAGACCGCAGAAUUUGUGGGCCUUCCUCUGCAGAGCGAUCCGCUGGGGUGACGUCGAGUGCACCAAGGCUAUAGCCAGGCAGAUCCAGGCGGAGAGAGGUGGCGACGCUUCUAGGGGUAUCCUGCGGUGUGUCGGGUGCGAGGACGACGCGGCUCUAGGUGGCCUAGGGUUACUGGGAAGUGUUGGUGCCGAGAAUCAGAACUAUUCGGCCUUGCACUGGUUAGGUAAUUGCGACGACGGGAACUUCGACCGGUCGAAUGCCCCACAAUCCUUCGCUCCUAGAUACGGCGCCAUCGUCGCCUGGCUGCGGAGCGUGUGCGGCGCGGAGGCCUUCGAGGUCGAAGUGAACGGGGCCGGCGGCGGUUCUCGGGGCCGGACGUCCACUCCCUUAGCGUUCGUUGCUGGCAGUUGUGGCGAGAAGACGCGGAGGUCGUCCCGUUUAGCUGUUGCUGCUCUGUUGAGGGCUGGUGCUGACCCUCGGCGCCCGGCUUCGCGCAACGAACCCGCGAGGGAAGCAUCUGUCUCCACAGAACGAGGUACUUAUGUCGUCGCAAGAGCUUUGUACGCGGAUAACAAGGAAAUCGCCGAGGAGCUGUUAGGUGCUUUAUUUGGCACGUCUAGCAAACCCUUAGUCCUGGAUGGCGAUGAUGCUGCUGCUUAUGGCGUGGUGGCGGACGCGGUCGACGUCUUACUCUCGAAAGCUGAUGAAGUGGUGGUAGCGUCUGGCUUGGAGUGCUUACUGGCCCACUCUCCCGAUAGUAGAGAAGCGACCUUGGCCGCUCUGAGAAAAAGGCACGCCGACGCGGUGGGCCGGGAUGCGGACCGCUCGCCCGUCCACGAGCUCGUAGCCUGCGCUCUACGCAUGGAGACGAACCCCUCAGCCAAGCAACGCAAGCGCAAGGACCUCAAGGAGACCAUCGACGCGACGCUAGCGCUCGCAGCUCGGCUCGUCAAGGAGGAACGUCUAGGCUUACGACAGGCUAGAGGAGGCGAACGCGUCCGACUCUACCUCGAAGCCUUCACUCGUCGCCAGGAGCGCGCCCAGCGAGAGCAGGAGAAGUCCAAAGUCCUCGCGUCGAAGGUCAGUGAGGCUCCUAUUGAAUACGACGACACGGACCUGCUCGACGGCUGGAGUAGCGAGGAGAAGGACGCACCGAAAAAGACGAAGAAGAAGAAGAAAAAGAAGAAGAAGAAGGCCCAGCCUGCGCCGGAGCCCGAGCCCGAGCCCGUCGUGGUGGAGAAGCCCCCGACGCCGUCACCUAGUCCAUCAGAAGAUUCUUCUGACUCAGAAGAGGAAGCGCCCGUCGUGAAGAAGCCCGAGACGGAAGAAGAACGCGCUGCCGCCAAGCUCAGGGUUUUGGUGGAGUUGUAUGCGAAGUCGCCGGACCGACCUUUGAGUGCAGCAGACGCCGACGAGCUGAAUCAACUCCGAGAAAAGACGUGUGGCAGCGAAGGCGCGGCGAAGGAUCGCCAAGCGGCGAAACGUUUGUUAAGGAAGCGCUACGAGGCGCCGAAGAAGGCUGCCGAGAAGGCCGCCGAGGCGGCGCGACUCGCUGCCAGGCCCCAGACGCCGCCGCCCUCUAGAAAUAGGCGCCAAACACCGCAGUCGCCUCCCACGCCGCCGUCUUCCGGGAGAUCUAGGAACCAGCCGGCGCGGCGCGGCGGCUCGGCGUCACCCGCGCGAUUGGCACCGUCAUUAUCUCCAGCCAGACUGCCGCCGACACCUCCUAGACGGUCGCCCGCUUCUAGUCCAGGCAGCGGCCGGCGCUCGGCGCAGGCGUCUCCCAGAAGGGCGCCGGGGCCGCCGGUCCUGGACGACGCGCGGCCGUCGGCGCGCGAGCGCCGCCGCGAGCGCCAGGCCGCGCGCCAGGCGGCCGCCGGCGCGCAGCAGGCCGCGGGCGCGGCGCGGGCGCCGCCGGGCCCGCGGCCCGGGCCGGCGGCGCCGCUGCGCGCGGCCGCGCCCGUGCCGGCGCGGUCGGCGCAGACGGGGCUCAAUUCGUCGCGGGACGCGGUCUUCCAGCCGCCGGACCUCGGCGGCCGCCGCGCGACGAGCGGCGACUCGGCGUCGGUGCUGUGGUCCUGGGGCGGCGGCGGCCUCGGCGGCCUCGGCGCGGCGCCCGGCGGCGGCGGCGGCGCGCCGGGGUUGGGCGGUCUGGGCGCGCCGGGCAUCGGCGGGCUGGGCGCGCCGGGCGCGCCGCUCGGCCAGCCGCUCCGCCAGCCGCCAUCAAAGCCGCCGGACGCGAGCAACAACGCGGGCGGGCUCUUCGGCGGGCGCGGGCUCUGGUGA